AGACACUUGCUCUCCUCACCAAGAGCUGGACUGGUAAAUCUCUCAGUCCACAUGGUCAUCUUUUAAGAGUGAUGCAUCUGGGAUUUGGAACACUCUAAAGAGAUAAAAUAAUAUGUCAGUGCGACCCAAAUGUGUGGCCACAUCACACUCCUACAGAGAGUAGUAAAGGGGACUCCCCGACAGGCAAACUCCCUAAAAUAAAGAAAGUCAACCUUCCAAGUCUGUCUAAGCAAUGUACACCAAUGUCUAAGCAAGCAAAGUAUAGCAGGUCUGCUAUUCCUGGCUCUGGUAAAAAGCCUAAGACUGAAACAAGCAAGGUAACAACUGAACAAAGUGAAGGAUUUAAAGAUUACGAUGAAAAGCCUGUUAAAUCUGCCUUUGAUCCAGCAGGAUAUGACAAGGAAUUAGUAGAGGCAUUGGAGAGAGAUAUUUUGCAGAAAAAUCCGAACGUUAAGUGGGAUGACAUUGCAGGACUCAAUGAAGCAAAAAGGCUGCUGGAAGAAGCUGUUGUUCUGCCCUUGUGGAUGCCAGACUAUUUUAAGGGCAUCAGAAGACCUUGGAAGGGUGUAUUGAUGGUUGGACCUCCAGGCACUGGGAAAACCCUUUUAGCAAAGGCCGUUGCCACCGAAUGUGGCACCACAUUUUUAAUGUGUCUUCCUCUACACUUACCUCAAAAUAUCGCGGUGAAUCAGAAAAAUUGGUUAGGAUUCUCUUUGAAAUGGUGAGGGUUUUUUGUGCCAUUUUAUGGUUGUCUUCUUUUGUUUAAAGUCGUGAGAGAGCAGGGUGAGUGUACCAUCCAGCGAGUGGCCUGAUGGUACACUCAUUCAGGCUCAGAUUAGUUUAGAAAUACUAACCACUGAUGCAGCUUUAUAGCAAGAUACUUGUUUUUUUUGUAAACUGUAUGGCGUAGCCUGGCCCAUCAAUUACAGUACUUUGUCUGUGUAUGUCUGUUUGCCUGUCAGUUUUUUGUGGCUAUUCUGGCACAAGGUGGCCUAUGAGCAAUGCCAACAGCUCAGCCAGAAAGGUGAAUGGCACCAUUCCUGAAUGACUUCAUUAGAGAGAUAUUGCAUGAAAACAAAUGAAAAAGCCUAUAAUAUACUUAAGACCAGGCUUAGCCCUUUCAGCGCACCAUGACGGUGU